AUGGCGCGGUGGAAGCGCCGGCUCCUGGCGGGGGACCUCCGGUACGGCCGCAGAACUGUGGAGGCGGUCGGCCCGCUUCUGGAUCAGUGGGUCGACGUGGCGAGGGGAAGGGUCACCUUCCAUGUGGCGCAGGUGGUCUCCGGGCACGGGUGCUUCGGGGACUACCUGUGCCGCAUAGGCAAAGAGGGCGGCGCUGGCUGCCACCAGUGCGGGGACGCGGCCGACUCGGCGCAGCACGCCUUGUCGGCGUGUCCCGCGCACAACGAGGCGAGGCGGGCGUUGGUGGAGACCAUUCGCCCGUCGGACCUCUCCCUGGGGGCGGUCGUGCGGGUCGCGACCGCCUCCCGGGAAAAUUGGAGGGCGUUCUCCUCCUUCUGCUCCGCGAUCAUGGAGCGGAGGGAGGCGGACGAGAGGGGGAAGCGCUAUAAGCGCAGAUUAGGAUUAGCGAGUGACUCCGAGUCGGAGGAGGAGUCCCACGCGGAUGAGGGCCGCUCACGAAAGUUGGCCAGAGGCGAGACUGCCGCGGGAGGCAGGGAGGGAGGCGUCUCGCCAGCGCCGUCGCUGGUCUCCACGGUGGCCGAAAUUUCGGACACUGUGUUGGACAGCGGCGGUGAGCCAUCAGUGGGCGGGGGUGGCCCCGUCAAGGAGGGAGAGAAGGGAAAGGGGAGGGGGAGGCCAGCCACCACAGGCGAUUUUGCUCAAUUGGCUCGGGCCAAGGAGCGCCUGGUGGAGGCUUCCCGUAAGGAGUUGGCCCUAGAGGAAGAAAGGGCCAUACUGGACCCCAUGACCGGGCUUUCGGAGAAGCUCCGGAAACAGGGGUCCGGUAUGAUGGAAAGGUACGCGGAGGAGUACCGGAGGGCGCCGGUCAAUGACCUGGCUGCUGCUAUCGCGAUGAGUGUCGAGGCCGUGCUUAAGUGCACUGGAAUUUCCAAGGGCCUAAAAGGCAGCAUCGCGAAGCAAAUUAGGGAGGAGACCUGCAGGGCAGCGGCGUGUGCUACGCUGCUGUCGCUGCAGGCUCAAAAGCCGCCGGAGGAGAGGGAGGCCGAUGAGAUGGCCGCUCUCCGGAGAGAGUUGGAGGCCGCUCGGAAAGAGAGCGGCCAGCUCAGGGAGGAGAACCGGGCCCUCCGGGAUAGGGCGGCCGAACUGCCGUCCUUGGAGCGGCGACAGGCGGCCGCUAGGUUUGGAUCGCCGUCCCCGCACGGGGGGACUCGUGAGACGCGGCUCUCUCUGCCGUGCGUCGAGGGACACACGGCGAUGGACAUGGACCCGCCCCCUUCCCCGCCGCGGUCGGUGGGGAGAGGCGAGGGCGGGCCGGUCCUGGGCGAGGGGACCCGCGGGACGGGGGGGGGACCGGGCGGCGGGGGCGGCGGCGGGUUGGUCGCGCUCCCCCCGCUCGUGCUCCCCACGCUGGGGGGGAGGGAGAGGAGCAUCCCGGACGAGGGGGCCGUGAGCGCCCAAAUUGGGCGCUUGCUCGCCGGGGUGGACCUCAAAGCGGCCUUCAUGGCCCGGCUGGACGCCAUUUUUGGGGAGUGGCUGGCCGAGAGACCCGGGGUGGUGGCCGCAGCCGCGGGUCGGGGGGCCCGCCGGUCCGGCGGCGUCGGGGGGGGUGGGCCGUCCGCGGCUGGUCCGCUGGGCGGCCCCUCCCUCCCCGUCGCCGGCGGGACGGCUGGGGCCCCUUCUCCUCCUCCUCCCGGGGGUGAGGGCGGCGAUGGGGACGGCGGCGGCAAGGGUCGCCAAAAAAAGAAGAGGAAGAAAAAGGGGGGCAGGGGACCCGGGGGCUCGGGUGCGGGCACCUCUGGUCCUGCGGCGGCGGGGGCUGCUGCGCCGGGCCCGCCGGCCGUUGGGCCGGCGGGCGCGGGCGGGGCGGCCUCCGGCGCGGGCCCCGCCCCGGUUCCUCCGGGGGGCGGCGGGGCGACUCGCUCGUAUGCGAGCGUCGCCUCCGCCGCCCCCUCGGGGGCCCGGGGUGGUGCUGCCCGGCGGGGUAAGGAUAAAGGUAAGGGUAAGGGCGGUGCUGCCGGGGAUGGGCGGGGGGCUCCGGUGCCCUCCGCCCCCCCGGCGGCAGCCGCCGACGUGACGGUGCGACGCGCGUCGGGUGGCAAGGCGAGGAGGACGCCGGCCACCCGGGCGGUCGCCGUCACGUGCGAGGAUGGGGCCUAUGCGGAGACCCUGAGGGAGGCCAGGUCAAAGAUAGACCUGGCGUCUCUCGGGGUCUCCGAGGUCAGGCCCAGAAGGGCGCAGACAGGGGCUCUGCUCCUGGAAGUCCCCAAUAGGGACGGCCAGGACGGAGCCGACCGCCUGGCGGAGAAACUCCGCCAGGUGUUGGAAGGAAAGAAGGGUGUUAGGGUCACCCAGCCGGUCAAAAUGGCCGAACUUAGGCUGGGUGGCCUGGAGGAAUCGGUCACGCCCGACGAAAUCAGUCGGGCGUUGGCCGACAAAGGGGGGUGUCCUGUCGGGGACAUUAAGUUGGGGGAGCCCAGGAGAGCCCCGGGCGGCCUCUUCACCGUCUGGGCGCGAUGCCCCUUGGCGGCGGCGAACCGGAUCGCCGCCGUCGAUGGGGGGCGCCUAGUGGUGGGGGGCUGGUUCCGGGUGCGGGCGGAGCUCCUGGGCGUGCGCCCUCUGCAGUGCUUUAGAUGCCUGCAGAGGGGGCACGUCAGGAGCGUAUGCGGUAGCAAGGAGGACAGGAGUGACACUUGCUACCGCUGCGGGGGAGCGGGGCACCGGGCGGCCGGGUGUACGGCGCCCGUAAAAUGCCCCGUGUGCGCGAGGGCGGGCCGCCCGUGCGGUCACCGAGUGGGCGGUCCGCAGUGCGGCGCCCCGGUGGUCCGGGGCGGCCUGCCUCCGGCGCGGGAGGCGCGCUCGGGCGCUGCCGCGCCGGGGAACGCGGGGAGCGGCGGGCCCCCUUCCGGGGGCUCUAGCCCGGUACUGGGCGGGGCCGCUGCCGCUGUUGCUGCGGCGGCGACCGAGGGGCCUAUGGAGGUGGACCCCUUGCCGGAGGGGGGCGGGGGGCCGCCCCUGCCGCAGAGGGAAUCGCGGGACGACCCUAAGGGCGCGGAGGACGCCUCGUUGAGUGUCCACAAUGCGCCUUAG